AUGGCCCCAAAAGUUGCUAUCAUAAUCUACACUCUUUACGGACACACCGCUACCUUGGCUGAAGCUGAAAAGAAGGGUGUUGAAGCUGCUGGUGGAUCCGCUGAGAUUUUCCAAGUCCCAGAAACCUUAUCACCAGAAGUGGUUCAGGCUAUGGGUGGUCAACCAAAACCUGAUUACCCAUUAGCUACCAGGGAAACGUUGGAAGAUUACGACGCCUUUUUGUUUGGUGUGCCAACCCGUUUCGGUAAUGCUUCAGCACAAUUCCGUUCCUUCUGGGAUGCAACCGGUGGGCUAUGGGCUAAAGGUGCAUUGCAUGGUAAGCCAGCUGGUAUGUUUGUUUCUACCGGAACUGGUGGUGGUAGAGAAGCUACAAUUAUCAACAAUCUAUCGACUUUAGUUCAUCACGGUAUGAUUUUCGUCCCAUUGGGUUACAAGAACAGUUUCUCUGAGCUGUGCAACAUCACUGAGCCUCACGGCAGUUCAGCAUGGGGUGCGGGUGCUCUCUCUGCAUCUGAUGGUUCCAGACAGCCAUCCGCACUAGAGUUGUCAAUUCACGAAAUUCAAGGUAAGACUUUCUAUGAGACUAUUCAAAAGUUCUAA